AUGAAUUAUAAAUUAACUGAGCCUCUUUAAAGUUAAUUCUCAAAUCCUGAAAUUGUAGGAUAAUUUAAAACUUAAAAAGGAAAGAUAAGGGUACUUAAUGGGUAUUCCAAUUAAAUUAUUGUUGCAAAUAAAAACAAAUUCAUUUCAUUAACAUUUGAGACUAAAUUUUAAUUAUUGAGAGAACAUGUUAAUGAAAAAUUUAAAGUAGGUAAGCCUUUAGGAUUAUAGAUUGAAAGAGAGAAUAAUAAACAUAUUAUAAUUCUAUUUUCAGAUGAUGUUUAAAUGCUAUAAAAUUGGAGAGAUUAUUUAGCUAAACAUAUAAAUUAAAGGGGAUUUCAUGAAAGUUUUAAGGCUCAUCGUAUGAUAGGUAAGGGAACAUUUGCUUCAGUAUAUUUGGCAGAUCGUUUGGAGGAUGAAAGAAGUUUUGCAAUUAAAGCAUUUUCCAAAGAAGUAGCUUAUGAAAAAGAAAAAGGAAAGGUAUAUCUUUAAACUAUUUUAGAUGUCUAUAUUAAAUGAAAUAACAAUCAUGAGAUAGCUUGAUAAUCAUGCUUUAAUAAAAUUACAUGAAGUUUAUGAGAGUGAGAAUUCCCUUUACAUGGUACUUGAUCUUUUGGAAGGUGGCUCUUUAUAUGAUAAUGUAAAAAAUAGACCAUAAUUUAAUGCAUUUGAAAUUGAAGUGCUUAUUUUUAGUUUAUUGGAAGGACUUUGUCAUAUGCAUUAAAAAAGUAUUAUGCAUAGAGAUUUAAAACCAGAAAAUAUUUUAUUUAGAAAAUAAGGGUAAUUUUAAAAUUAUAUAAGAAGUAAUAUUUCAUCAGUAUGCAUUGCUGAUUUUGGAUUAGCUCAACGUUCUGACAAAUAUCCAUAUUUAUUUAAUCGUUGUGGUACUCCAGGAUUCCUUGCUCCAGAAGUUAUAAAUUCUAAGGAUGGAGGAAGAUAUGAACCUAUUUGUGAUGUUUUUAGCUUAGGGUUAAUUUUUUAUAUUUUGUAAGCUUAUUUUUUUUGAAUUAUAGAUUAACUGGAAAACCAGCAUUUCCAGGUAAAAGUUAUAAUGAUGUUUUGGGAAAGAACAGAAAAUGUGAAAUAUCUUUUGAUGCUUCACUCUUUGAAAGUAUUCCUGAAUAAGCUUAGGAUCUAUUAAAGAAAUUGCUUGAUAAAGAUCCUAACUCAAGAAUAUCAGCUUAGUAAGCAUUGAAUCAUGGUUAUUUUGGAAGAAGAUUGAAAUAAAUCUAAGAAAAUGAAGAUACUUUAUUGAGAAAUUAAUUAGAAUAAUUAAAGCUUGAUGAAUAGAAGUUGAAAUAAUUAAAUAAUUCUCCUUUGCAUUCACCUAUCAUAACAGCAUCUUCUAAAUUAAGAAAAGAUUAAUCAAAUGAUAGUCUUAAAUAGUUAAGUCCAUUAUUAAAUGGAAGAACAGAUUAAAUAGGUAUUUGAUAAUUUAAUAUAAAAGAAUCACCAUUAACAAAUAUUUUCAAUAGUCCAUCUGCUUAAAGAAAUGAUUAAUAAUAAUAGAAACCUUCAAAGUUUAGUUAUAAUGAAGGAAAUACCUAAUCAAAUGAAGGGAAUUCUGAACAAAUCAAUAGAAAAUCCAUUAAUUUAAAUUAAAAUCCUUUAUAUAAAUAUGCAAUACGAAAUGACAUGGCUAGAUAAUAAAAUUAGUAAGAUUAAUCAUAAUGA